AUGCAAGGCCCUAAAUGCUGCAGAGCUAUAUGUUGGAUUGCUACAACCAUUGUUUCUAUCAAUGCUGGGAAGAAUGAUUGGUUCUACAAAGCAUGUAAAAAGUGCCCAAAAAAAGUUGAAACUUCUACUAUUGAAAGAUAUGAAUGUAAGGGUUGUGGACACACAGCAGGAACUGCCUCAAUUAGGUACAAGGUUGAGGUGAUUGUCUAUGAUGGUACUGACAGUAUGACUUUGCUCCUUUGGGAUAGGGAAGCAAUUCAACUUUGCAGAAAGAGGGCAGAUCAAAUAAAGGAAGAGGAACCUAUUGGUGAGGUGGAAUACCCCCCACCCUUGAUAACAUGCUGGAUAGAAAGUUUCUCUUUAAGAUUAAUAUAAAAUCAGCCAACAUCGAUCAAUAUGACCAAGUUUAUACUAUUGGCAAAGUUUGUGAUGAUGAGGACAUCAUAGAAAAGAACCUCCCAAAAGAAUCAAAUACUAAUUCAUCUGUUAA